AUGACUCCCUAUCCACGCAACUUCUCUUGUGAACUAGUUGUGCAUACACCCGUUGAAAAUGCCAGAAUUAUGAUGAAAAUUGAAGAGUUUUAUAUACCAUCUAAGACUCCGAAUUGUGUCGAAAAUUAUUUAUAUGUAUUCGAUUCUAACACAGCAAAGUCCAAGGCCAUGACAGAAGCUGGUGGAGAACGUGGUUUAUGUGGACCGGACUAUCCAAAGAACCUUAUAUUUACGUCGAGGUCCUAUAUAUGUAUAGCUUUCCAGUAA